CAGUUCUCUGUUUCUCUCUGCCGGGCGGCGGCUUCUGUAAAAUUUCCAAAACCUUUUCGUUUCUCUCUCAGAAACCCUAAUUCUCCUCCGAACGGCUUUCACUGCUGAAACGUCGACUCUGUGCGAUCCAUUUUUUGGAGUGAAGAUAAUUUUCGGCUUCAGGUUUUGCAUUAAUGGAGGGCUCUUUAGGGCAAAAACACAAGCCGCAGGAGUUCACUUUGGUUUCGAUUUCUGAGCUUGCUUCUUCGUCUUCCUCCUCGUCAUCGUCGUCCGCGCCGGUGGUUGCUCGGUUUGGCGGGGAUUCCGGUGCGGCGGAGCUUCGGUUACGGCAGGAGACCGAUUCCGAUGACAUUUCUUUCGAUCUCCGGACUACUCAGAUAUUUCGGCUAAGCCCUGUUCAUUCAGUUUGCAUAUCAGAAGGCGAUGCUGGUAAAGAGAAAUCUCAUUCCAGAGGAGUUACCCUUCUAUUUAGAAAUGAGGAAGAGUGCAGUGCAUUUCAUUCUGCUUUUGAUAAGAGGAAGAAGGAUGAUAUUGUCCAAGGCUCCCAUUUGCCAAAUGGUGCAAUUUCCUCCUUAAAAAGCAGGUUUGAUGACAAAAUAGAAUCAUCCUCUUCAAAGAUGUACUUCCACUACUACGGACAACUUUUACAUCAACAAAAUAUGUUGCAGGAUUAUGUGAGAACAGGAACAUACUAUGCAGCAGUAAUGGAAAAUCGUGCUGACUUCACGGGUCGUGUGGUUGUUGAUGUUGGUGCUGGUAGUGGUAUUUUGUCAUUAUUUGCCGCUCAGGCUGGUGCAAAGCAUGUUUAUGCUGUGGAAGCAUCUGAAAUGGCCGAGUAUGCUCGCAUAUUAAUUUCUGGGAACCCUGCCCUCAGUGAGCGAAUUACAGUAAUUAAGGGCAAAGUUGAGGAUGUUGAAUUACCUGAAAAAGCCGACAUUUUAAUCUCUGAGCCAAUGGGCACCCUAUUGGUCAACGAAAGAAUGCUGGAAUCGUAUGUGAUCGCCAGGGAUCGUUUUUUGAACCCAAAUGGAAAGAUGUUCCCCACAAUAGGAAGGAUUCACAUGGCACCUUUCAGCGAUGAAUAUCUAUUUGUUGAAGUAGCUAACAAGGCUCUCUUUUGGCAGCAACAAAACUAUUAUGGUGUUGAUUUGACAGCCUUGCACGGAUCGGCGUUUCAAGGCUAUUUUUCUCAGCCAGUGGUGGAUGCUUUUGAUCCAAGAUUGUUGGUGGCCGCUUCAAUGUCUCAUGUUUUAGACUUCACAAAUAUCAAGGAAGAGGAAUUGUAUGACAUAGACAUUCCUCUGAAAUUCGUUGCUAGUGUGGGUGCCAGAAUACAUGGAUUAGCCUGCUGGUUUGAUGUAUUAUUUAACGGCAGCACUGUGCAGAGGUGGCUUACUACUGCCCCGGGUGCACCGACAACCCAUUGGUACCAGUUACGUUGCGUUCUUUCCCAACCGAUUUACGUCAUGGCAGGACAGGAAAUUACUGGCAGACUUCAUAUGGUUUCUCACAGUGCUCAGAGUUACACCAUUUAUUUGACUCUAUCAGCCAAAAUGUGGGGACCUGGCGCCGAGCAAGGAGGAAUACUUCAGUCGUCCUCGUGCAAACUCGACCUGAAAGAACCCUACUAUAGAAUGUCCCAACCACAAGCCUACCCUGUGGCUCAAGAUCAGCAACAACACCCGCUGAUGCAACCACAGGACUUAUCCAUUCAACCCCAGGAUUUGGAAGACGCUGAUCUGAUGCUACAGGCAUCGCCUAACUCGGGGGCUCCGCUCAAUUCACUGAUAGAUAACAUUUAAGUGACAGGGCAUGUUCGAGGUCGGUGACGGGACACUAUUUGUGUUUACUUUGGUGACGAGAACUCCGCAGAAGUUGUCGAUGUUCACCUUUAAUCUCCAACAGGCAGUGAGGCUACCAUUGAUUAUGCUUCCACAGUGAGAUUAUUCAAAUACGUUAAACAAUAAUCAUAUCUUGUUUGCUGCAAUUUUUCCCUCCUUUCCAAUAUUAUUUGGAGGCUUUUCAAUGUUUUGCCUGAUGAUUGUAACGAUUGGAUUUUUUCCCCCCUUGGGGAUUUUUACUAGAAUGCUGUUUAAGGGAAAUAUUAGGUUGAUUUUCUUUAGAA